CCGGGGCGGCGGCGGCGGCACCGGCGCAUGGCGGCGCUUCCGCUGCGGGCGCGGCGGCACCAUGAACUACAUGCCCGGCACGGCCAGCCUGAUCCAGGACAUCGACAAGAAACACCUGGUGCUGCUGAGGGACGGCCGGACGCUGAUCGGGUACCUGCGGAGCAUCGACCAGUUCGCGAACCUGGUGUUGCACCAGACUGUGGAGCGCAUCCACGUGGGCAAGAAGUACGGGGACAUCCCUCGGGGCAUCUUCGUGGUGAGGGGCGAGAAUGUGGUGCUGCUGGGGGAAAUUGACCUGGAGAAGGAGAGCGACACACCUCUGCAGCAGGUGUCCAUCGAGGAGAUCCUGGAGGAGCAGCGGGUGGAGCAGCAGGCCAAGCAGGAGUCGGAGAAGCUGAAGGUGCAGGCUCUGAAGGAGCGGGGCCUCUCCGUGCCACGUGCUGACACGUUGGAUGAGUACUGAGGGGCUGCCCCUCUCCUGCAGGGAGCCAGGGCUGCUCCAGGACCCCCCUGGGCAGGCACACGCUGCCUGGAGAGGCAGGUUUCAUUUUCAGAUUGUCUUUUCCGUGGUGCUGGUAACUGUACACAAAUCAUGCCUUUGGUCUCCUUCUGGAGAAGGAGAUGAGGAGGGCCCAGCACACUGGGAGCGCAAGCAUUUGUGUUUGGGAGGCAAAUCACUGCUCCUUGGCUUUGUUUGCUUUUUCCUCCUCACAUGACUCUGGGUGAGAGUUUCCUUGACAUGUAAAUAAAUCCUUGAUCCUGACCUCGAUGCUUUUCCCAUGUUCUGGCCCUGUUCAGUUCCCCUCUCUCAGGAUGAACACCCCUCAAGCCAGCUUUUGUCCCCUCUGUGUGUGCUGUGCAGGGACAGAUGGCACCCCUGCCCCACUCUGGGAGAAUGCUGGAGCCUGUGGCAAGAUCCUGCUGUGGGAAGGGAGCAGAACCUGGGUACCCCAACACACAGGGCAGCAGAACCCCUGUACCCCAACACAGACCAGCCAUACCCCCUCCAGCCAGGCUGUGCCAUUCCCCUGCAGCUGAGCCUGCUAAUUACCAGCUGAACCCACUAAUUACCUGCUGGUGAGGAGCUGCUGCACCUGGGCACAGCCUGGAGCUCCAGCUCGUCCUUGCUCCAUGCUGGGGGAGCUGCUGCAGCUGUGUCAGCUUUGCCCCGAGGUGUCCUGGCCCUUCCUCCCGUGGGGAGGAGAGUCCUUGGCCUCAGGGCUGGCUCUGGGCAGCUGCCAGGCCCCAGGAGCCUCCUGCUGUGGGCAGGGAAGGGCAAACCUGGGCAGGGACAACCCAGGGCUGCUCCCCUGGGGGUUCUUUGGGUGAAGAAUCCACGCUGGGGGGACAGA